AUGGAUGUUAAAAGUGCCUUCCUGAAUGGAUACUUAAAUGAGGAAGUCUGUGUAACACAACCUAAAGGGUUUGUUAAUUCUGAAUUUUCUCAGUAUGUCUACAAGCUGGAUAAAGCUCUAUAUGGGUUAAAACGGUUCAUAUUAAGGGGCUUUAAAUUUUCAAUUACUCUGGCUGUUAUAAAUGGUUUUCUGGGUAAUGCUGUCUUCAUUAACUUUGCUCCAUCAUCCUCGUCAACCGAAGUUUUGGCCUCUGAAUUGUCUGGAGGGAUAUUAUCCUCGUGGCCUGUGAAUAGUAUACCUGCUGCUGCGUUAAGUGUUAAGUAUGCCAUACUGCACAAAAUUGGUAUUGCCAAUUGGUUUCCUUCAUCCCAUGCCUCUAGUGUUUCUGCUGCGUUAGGCACUUUCUUGUAUCGCAUCUGCAAUGAUGACCGGGUAGACGCUGAUGCAUUUAUCUACAAUCAGCUAUUAAGGGAUGUGGGAUCCUUUGGAGUCAAGCUUUCGAUUACUCUACCAAGGUUCUUUUCGGGCUUACUGCUACAUUUAAAUGCUGCUAUAUUAACCACCUCGGACGUGCCUGGCCCUGAUCCUAAGACAUUGUCACUGAGCUACAAACUAUUUCAAGGCAGUCAUGUGCCUGACAUAGAUCAUGAUGAAUUCUUUGUUGAUAAGGAAUUGGCUUCCAUAAUUCUAAAUUCUCUUACAGUUGAGUCUCGUUCACUAGCUGCUGCCAUUAGUCUGAUGUCUAAACGGCAUUUGAAAAUUGACUCUCUUAUUCGGCAUCUGAAGACUUUUGCUCCUUCUUCAAGUCAAGGGAACCCUAAUACUGAUUGA